AUGGCAGAUGCUGCAGCUCACCUACCGCCACCAUCGGCGAGUCUAAUCAAUCUUGCCAUUGCUGAGAUUGUGAUAUAUGUCAUUUUCUUACCACCAGUACUAUGGAUUACCUGGAAGCAUGGCAAGGAUGGCAUGACAUGCUGGUCAAUUCUUGUGGCGUUUUACGGAAUGCGCUUUGCCUCGGACAUUUGGCAGAUUAUGAAUCGCAAUGAGCCCAACAUCCCUGGCGCACUGUUGAUUAUAACCAAUGCUGGAAGCAUUGCUUGCCUGACGUUGGCCCUCAUCGGCAUUCUAUACGAGACCAAUAAUUCACUCCCAUACCCCAAGAGAUGGAUCGACAAGAUUACCAUGGCUGCGACCAAUCUGAUCAACACAGCCGGCAUCGCCCUGGCGACAUAUGGAGGUGCACCAAGCAACACUGGGGGCGUCUUGAACCUGAAAUUGGAUCGUCUCGGAAACAUACUGAUGUUGCUAGUCAUCUUUGCCCUCUACGUUUGGAUCUGGCCAACCUGGCAUCGGGUAUGGUCGGUCCGCAACGAUGCGGCUUUCAAGCCUGCAAUGUACAUGACCAUUGCGGCGGGAGCAGCGAUGCCUUUUCAACUCAUUCGCAUCAUUUACAAUACCGUAUACUCAUUCGAGUUGGCCGAUAACGCCUUGGAUCCCAUCAUGGGCAUAUUUGCGACCCGUUUCAUAUUUCUAUUCGUCACCCAGCUAGGCUGUACGCUGAUUUUGCUUGGUGGCGGCUAUCUUGGCAUACGUCCCAAGAAAUCCGUGUCAGGAGAUGACAGCCUAGCUGAGAGCGGCGUGCAACUCACAACUACGGGUGAGACGACGGAUCAGUCCCCGGAGUGGGGUUCAUCCGCAGGUCGGAUGAAUCCAAAGAAGCGCUGGGCGACUGGUUCAAGGUUGAGAUAA